ACCUGCAGCCCAGAGCGGGCACCGAGCGGCGGUGGUGGGGUUCGAGAGUGUGCGUGGCUGUCGUCGGUGUCCUCGCGCAGUGCGGCCGGAGAGCGGCACGGGGCGGCCGAGCGCACCGCCACGGCCCGGCGGGCGGGCGCCGCCGGGGCGAUGAGGACCGGCUCGCGGCUGCUGCUGGUGCUGCUCGUCUGGGGCUCGGCGGCGGCACUCAAUGGGGAUCUUACAGUUAGACCCACAUGCAAGCCUGGCUUUUCAGAAGAAGACUAUACAGCGUUCGUCUCCCAGAAUAUCAUGGAAGGGCAGAAGCUACUCAAAGUAAAAUUUAAUAACUGUGCCGGUAACAAGGGAGUUCGGUACGAAACCAACAGCCUGGACUUCAAGGUGAGAGCAGAUGGGACCAUGUAUGCUGUCCACCAGGUGCAAAUGGCCUCGAAGCAGCUGAUCCUGAUGGUGACCGCCUGGGAUCCACAGACUCUGGGCAGGUGGGAGGCGAUCGUCAGGUUUCUGGUGGGAGAAAAGCUGCAGCACAAUGGACACAAGCCAAAGGGAAGGAAGAGCGGACCUGUGGACCUGGCACAGCAGCAAAGUGACACCCUGCUCCCCUGGCGCCAACAUCAGAGCGCAAAAGGCCUCCGGAGGCAGAAGAGAGACUGGGUCAUUCCCCCAAUCAACGUGCCAGAAAAUUCAAGGGGCCCCUUUCCGCAGCAACUGGUUCGGAUUCGUUCCGAUAAGGACAAAGAGAUCCAUAUCAGGUACAGCAUCACCGGAGUGGGAGCCGACCAGCCACCAAUGGAAGUCUUCAGCAUUGACCCUGUGUCUGGGAGGAUGUAUGUGACCCGCCCUAUGGACAGAGAGGAAAGAGCUUCCUACCAUCUCCGGGCUCAUGCAGUGGAUAUGAAUGGAAACAAGGUGGAGAAUCCUAUUGACCUUUACAUCUAUGUGAUUGAUAUGAAUGACAACAGACCGGAGUUUAUAAACCAAGUCUAUAAUGGAUCUGUUGAUGAAGGCUCUAAACCAGGUACCUACGUGAUGACAGUGACGGCGAAUGACGCUGAUGACAGCACCACAGCGAACGGGAUGGUGAGAUAUCGGAUCGUGACUCAGACCCCCCAGAGCCCAUCGCAGAACAUGUUCACCAUUAACAGCGAGACAGGAGAUAUCGUCACCGUGGCUGCUGGCCUUGACAGGGAGAAAGUUCAGCAGUAUAUGGUCAUCGUUCAAGCCACAGAUAUGGAAGGCAAUCUUAACUAUGGUCUCUCAAACACAGCGACUGCGAUCAUUACGGUGACAGAUGUGAAUGACAACCCCCCUGAAUUCACGACCAGCACUUAUUCGGGGGAAGUUCCUGAGAACAGAGUGGAGGUUGUGGUUGCAAAUUUGACAGUGAUGGACCGGGACCAGCCUCACUCUCCCAACUGGAAUGCCAUCUACCGCAUCAUCAGUGGGGACCCCUCUGGCCACUUCACCAUCCGGACGGACCCCGUCACCAAUGAGGGCAUGGUAACUGUGGUCAAGGCAGUCGACUAUGAGAUGAACAGAGCAUUCAUGCUGACAGUGAUGGUAUCCAACCAAGCCCCCCUGGCCAGCGGAAUCCAGAUGUCCUUCCAGUCAACAGCAGGAGUCACCAUUUCAGUUACAGAUGUCAACGAAGCGCCGUACUUCCCAACAAACCACAAGCUCAUCAGGCUGGAGGAAGGCGUGCCCACGGGGACGGUCCUCACGACCUUUUCAGCCGUAGAUCCCGAUCGCUUCAUGCAGCAGGCAGUAAGAUACUCUAAGCUGUCAGAUCCUGCAAACUGGCUGAACAUUAAUGCCACAAAUGGUCAGAUCACUACUGCUGCUGUCCUUGAUCGAGAGUCAGACUACAUUAAGAAUAAUGUCUACGAGGCCACAUUCUUGGCGGCUGACAAUGGUAUACCCCCAGCCAGCGGCACUGGCACUCUGCAGAUCUACCUAAUCGACAUCAACGAUAAUGCUCCUGAGCUCCUGCCAAAGGAAGCACAGAUCUGUGAAAAGCCAAACCUGAAUGUCAUCAAUAUCACAGCCGCAGAUGCUGACAUCGAUCCAAACGUUGGGCCCUUUGUCUUCGAGCUGCCAAGUGUGCCAUCUGCGGUGAGGAAGAACUGGACCAUAACACGACUGAAUGGUGAUUACGCCCAGCUUAGUUUACGGAUCAUGUACCUGGAGGCCGGUGUGUAUGAUGUGCCAAUCAUAGUGACAGACUCGGGAAACCCCCCCUUGUACAACACGUCCAUCAUCAAAGUGAAGGUGUGCCCAUGUGACGAGAACGGUGACUGCACCACUAUUGGGGCGGUGGCUGCUGCAGGACUGGGCACGGGAGCCAUCAUCGCCAUCCUGAUCUGCAUCAUUAUCUUACUAACCAUGGUGCUGCUCUUUGUGGUGUGGAUGAAACGCCGGGAGAAGGAGCGUCACACCAAGCAGCUCCUCAUUGACCCCGAGGAUGACGUGAGGGACAACAUCCUGAAGUACGACGAGGAGGGCGGUGGAGAAGAAGAUCAGGAUUACGACUUAAGCCAGCUCCAGCAGCCGGAGACCAUGGAUCACGUGCUGAACAAGGCACCUGGAGUCCGAAGGGUGGAUGAGAGACCGAUCGGUGCUGAACCACAGUAUCCUAUAAGACCAGUAAUCCCCCAUCCUGGGGAUAUUGGUGACUUUAUAAAUGAGGGCCUGCGUGCAGCAGACAAUGACCCCACGGCUCCCCCGUACGACUCGCUGCUGGUCUUUGACUACGAGGGCAGCGGCUCCACCGCCGGCUCCGUCAGCUCCCUCAACUCCUCCAGCUCCGGGGACCAGGACUACGACUACCUGAACGACUGGGGGCCGCGCUUCAAGAAGCUGGCAGACAUGUAUGGAGGAGGCGAGGAGGAUUGAACUGACCUCACUUAUUUAAAAAAAAAAAAAAUAGAAGGAGAAGAAAAGAAAAAAGAAAAAAAAAACAAUUAAAAACAAACCCACAGACAACAUUAACGAGAAGAGCCGAUGCAGAAGCAAGAACUGUACAGAUGUGGCAGCUUUUUUAAUUAAUAUCCCCUGCUGACUGUACUGUUAUUUUUAGUGGUGAUUUAGGAGGUUUCUUUUUUUUUUUUUUUUCCUUUCCUUUUCGGUUUCUUUUUUCUGUUAGGAUAUUGAGCUGUCUCGCAUGAACACUUGUCUCUGCUGCAGGUUUCUUUUUGGUUCUGGUUUUUGUUUUUAAUGUCAGCUGGGAUAUUGCUCGUUUAUCUGCUUUAUGACUAAAGAGAGUGAAAGGCACUCUGUCUUAACUUGAAUUUCUUAGAACAGAAGCACUGUUUUUAAAAUAUAUAUAUAUAUAUAUUUGAAAGUGCCUUUUGGUGCAUGUAUCAGAUUCCCUUCAAUCUCAGGAGUGAUGAAAACAAACACACAACCAUCCUGGGCAGCACUCCCUGUGACCCUAAGCCAGUUCUAGCUGGGAAGGAGUUAACAAAAAGGAACUGUGGAAAUUGUUUCUUUUCUUUUUUGCCUUUUUUUUUCUUUUUUUUUUUUUUUUUUUAAGGGGGUGACUCACUCUGGGGUGGAGAGGCUGGGGGGGGCCGGGAGGGUUAUGUUUUGAGUGGAAAUCUUAACAGCCAUCUUUAAGCCUCAGCAGGUGGUGAACCAGUCAUCAUGUUGUAUAUAAUUCAGUGUUAUCAGAUGCAAAAUACCGACUAGGGGCUCUGCUGUAACCUGGUCACACUCAAUGUAGCUGCAUAGAACUAUAGCAUUGAUAAAGCCUUUGGUUAUCGCGACAGAACUCUCCAACAGCCCUUGCCUACACCCUACAAGUAAAUCGUGAAUUGACCAAAGGCCCAUUUGUUUGUUUUUAUGCUAUCGGCGUGUUUUGGCUCCCACGAGCGAUGUAAAUACCGGCGGGGUUACGUGCUGCUGUCCCACAGCCCCGGCCGCUCCCCCACCUCGAGGAGGGCACGUGGAGCGCGGGGGCACCACUGCCGUCCGCCAGGAUGGAGCUCACCCAGCCCAAUGUGAAUGCCUUGGAGCAUCCGUAGCCAAAGCUCAACACCACCACGUAACUCAGCUAACGUGUGUCCGUUCUAUUCGAUGGGUAGGCACUGCUAUCUGUAGUAAAUGUUUGUUUUUCUUUUGGAGAAGUGCAACGAGGGCCUGUUCAGUAUCUUGUGGUUAAUAUGCUCGAGCAUUGCCAAGCAAGCGAGAGGUUUUGCAGCAUCCAGGUGUAACUCCACAUCAGUAUUAUAAAUGGUAGCAUACUACCUAGUUUAUAUGUAGGAUCAGUUUAACCAAUAACAAAUAGUUAUUAGCUUUUUUUAUUACAUUUUUCCUUUACUGAUUUGGACUAGUGGGUUUCUGUCUAAUGUUUGUAAAAUGAUUUAGACUGCAUGGAUGUGUAAUAUAAACCACAUUUAAUGGAUUAUGAGCCACUUAAUUAAUGUGCUAUGAAAUCUUGGAUUACCUGUGUUUUAUAUUCUGCAGACGAUUUUGCAGUGGGUUCGCUACGAAUUGUAAAAGUGCUUAGAUCUAUUUUCAUUUAAAUCCAAGAAUGUGCACAGCACCGGCAGGUGAUUAUCCAGGGGAUAAUCGCGCUUUUUUGAUAUCUUGAUUAAUUCUCAAGCUGAAUGCGAAGAGUUAACCGGGGGGGGCGGGGGGAGCGAGCGCAUGCACCGAGAGAGCGCGAGAGUGAGAAGCAGAGAGCUUGUGCCGGCGAGUGGGCCUCGUUUCAGAGGGUGCAGACUGGGCUGCAAGAUCGUCUCUAUGGAUUUUUGAAAUGCUCCUAGUGCAUUUUAUAUUUCACUGUACCAUAUUUUCUAUAAAAUGCAAUUUCUGUAAAUGAACGAGCAUUUGAAAUGUGUCUUGUAUGAAGUGGAAUGUGGUAAAAAGUCUGCCCGAGGGGAACUCGCACGUCACCGGUCCGUUAUUGACCCCCAGGAUAUGACCUUUCCUUUCCCCUUGAUCGCUCGGUCCGUUUGUCCUUUCCCUGCCCACAGGGCCAACACCAGCACUGGAGGACGCACAGUGAGCAGCAUGCACCCAUCCCAUGGGCACCCAACACCCUUCCUGUUUGUGUCCCAGAGCUCACACACCCUGCAUGGUCACACAGGAGUCUCCUGGCCACCCUCCCCCCAGCAGCCUGCACCGCUCUGUUCCAUCAUUCCCCAUCACCCGCUGCUCGUACCCAGGGGUAGGAGCACCUUGUCUCCAUUAUUUCACCAACCAGAGUUUGCACCCUUGCAGAAACUGCCUGCCCACAGCAGAGAGUAAUGAAAAUGCAGUUGGUGUUCCUCACACAGCAGCAUUCUGUGCCCUGCACUGUAACCUCAGCACAUGGCUCUGGCCACUGGGGUCCCCAUCCAGGGCUGUAGCGCUGUACAGCAGUGAGCUCCUUCCUUCUUGCCCAGGCAGGAGAUGCCAUCAGCCUUCAGCUCGUCUGAGCAGUUCAGGUUUUUAAGAACAUUUAUGCAACCUAAGUCAAACGAAACUGUUUGAGUGAUUAAAAAUAAACCAUUGGAAAUUUCUUUUUAAGAAAUCAGCGGAUAUUUUUCUGCAGCGUUAGCAAUCCCGCCACUCCAACCCCAUAAGCCUAUAAAUCAAACUAGUUGAUUAUCUUUUGACCCAGUUCUGCUCAGCCUCCUUCUGUAGGACCACCUCCUGCUCCACCACCACUCUGCAGUGCCACACAUGCAGCCCCUUCCCUCCGGUGGAACAGGUAGAAGGUAAGCGAGCAGCACCUCGAGCACUGAAAAUCAGACUAUCACAGGAUGGGUUGGGUUGGAAUAGACCUUAAAGCCCAUCCAGUUCCAACCCCCUGCCGUGGGCUGGUUGCCCCCUACAAGAUCAGUCUGCUCAGGGCCCCAUCCAGAUCCCUUUUUACAAAACUUCGUGUGCAUUAAUAUUGCUCUGCUUUAUAACCCAGCUCAGAUAACAUCCCAUACCUGUCAGGUUGGGUAAUAGGAAAUCUUUCUACUCGAAGUGGUGCUGCAGUGGCACAGCUGCCCGGGGAGUGGUGGGGUCACCAUCCCUGGAAGUGUUCAGGAGCCGUGGAGAUGUGGCACUGAGGGAUGUGGGCAGUGGGCACAGCGGGGUGGGCUGGGGAUCUUAGAGCUCUUUUCCAACCUUAAUGUUUCCAUGCUUAAGGAUCUCAUAGAAGUGGCAUUGUCAUUCACACUGGAGGUGACUGCAGCUUACCAGGAGCCAAGGUGGGAAAGCGCCAACAUUCCCUGACUGUACUCUUAAAGGUCACACAGGCUUACUCUGUGAUUAAAUAAAUGCAAGCAUUAAAUUUUAGAAACAGCUAAUAAGUAAGUGGUGCUGACACACUGGAGCCCCCACUUUUUCCAUGCCACAAGGCGCUGGGGGAAGGAGCUUUGCUUUUGGACAGGCAGAGAAAAGCCCAGCCAAAAUACCCUUUUUGCAUCCAAUUCCCCCACACCUCAUACCACUGCCAGGAGCUCCCAGCAGUAUCCAGGGGAUGGGGACAAAGACAGGGAGGGGUGAUAAGGGGUGACCUAUAAGGUCUGUUCUGGGUGUCCUCUGCGCUGUUAUAGUUUGGAUUCUGUUCUUGUGUUUUCUUGUUUUUGCUAGACCAGGUGAUGCCACUGCUGGCUGCAGGGUGGAGGUGGGCACUCCAAUGGGCUUGCAGGGUUUGAAUCCACCAACAUGGACUGCAGCCACUUGCUGCGAGCGCUGGAGGGUCAUAGUGCUCUGUGCAGGGUCUGUGCAACACAAUACGCCAAGAUUGCAACUUUGUAUAGUCUCAAAGAAAAGGUAAAGCACAGAGGUUUAGUUGUGAUGUCUUUUGGCGCUCUUCAUGAUGAGAAGAAUGGGGUUGGGGUGAGGUGCUGUGCAUGGUGGCUGCGUGCACCUAUGGCAGCAGCUGGGCAGAGAGCUGCCCCCACCCAGCGCUAACGGGGAGGAAAUCCAACUCAUCUCUGGCUACACAGACCCACCUGCAGCCGCUCACCUCCACGUGUACAUAAUGUAGUUAGUGCUUGAAGCAGCGCGUCAGGAAGGCGACAAAGAGCCCCGGCGACGUAUCGGUGUAUCACUGGAGCACUUUUCGUUCUGAGUUUGCAUGUUCCCGGUGCAGGAGCGGCGUGGCAGCCCGCGUGGCCAUGGUGGGAAGGCUUCUGCUGCCCCGCUGUGUGCACGCAAAAAGCAGUUUGCGUCCGAGCUCAAAACCCCUUUUUUUGUAACCGUCAACAGCACAAAUCUUUUGUAUUGUUGUUUGUACCAUUUUUGUACCAAAAAUCAAAAGAGGGAAAAAAAAAAAACCUAGGAAAAGAAAAGGGGGGGGGAGGGAAGAAAGUAAAUGUUUUCAAUGUGUUUUCAGUGCCACUGCAAUCUUGGUUUCCAAACUGAUAACAGCUUUGCUGAUUUGCUGUGUAUCAAAGCUGAACUGGCGCGCCGACGCCUGGCUCCGGUGUAAUAAAAA